UAAAUCAAAUUCUCCGCAAUACGUUAUCAAGUUCAAGAACGGCUCGCGGCGAAUAUAUGAUUAUACAAAAAAUCUACUUAAAUUGGGAACGAAUGGUAUCGAUUGCUCAUAUAUAAAAUGUGAGAUGGUCCCGCGCGCCUCAUACACUCGACAACAUGCUCGCGUAUCUCGCGGUCGCCUUCGCGCUCGCGGCGCCCGCGCUUGCUUUGCCCCGCGAUAGACUCGGCUACGAAAGAGAAAUAGACACCACCAAUUUCAAUCAAGUGCCAAAACUCCUUGACUCGUACGUUUUGAGUGAUGAAUAUCUAGCCUCCCAGAAGAAUAAAGGAAAUAAAUUGAUAACCAGGUUCAAACCAGAUGAACCGGUGGCAUACGACAAUGUGAUACUAGAAUCGAAUGUUGUGACAAUUUUAAGACCUGACAAGAAGCGAACGGAAAGUGAUUCCGGGCCAGAGCUAGUGCGGACGCGACGAGGAUACAAUUUGGAGAACGUUAGGGUGCCGGCGAGGUAUCCGUACCUGCCUGUCCCGAGAUACAACAGAUUCCGCAGAUGGGGCUAGUGGCCCCUAAAGAGGACGCGCCACCGCGCAGGCCUCCACCAAAUGUCAAGGCUGCAGCCGCUGCUACAGCGGGCCGGCACCAUGCACCCCUAUGUGUCAAGUGCAUCCCUUGUGCAUUCAGACUAUUUCUAUAUUUUGUUAUCGAAAUUAUGUGGCUGUGAUCGAACGCUAAUGCUAUGCCGUUACUUACGGUUGGAAGGCAACGAUUGACAGAUUCCAAUUAAAAGAACAAGUAAUUAAAUGUGUACAAUAAGUCUUAUAAUUAUUAAUAGUUCUUAUAAAUUAUUUCUAUUUUAAGAUAAAUUUUACUACGUACAAUUUGUUUCAUUCGUAGCUUUGAAUAGCCUGAUCCUUUUAAGUUUAUAUGGUUGCAAGAACAAAACACUUCAAUUAAACCAUUAACUUUUACGCAUUAGGUGCGAUGGUCCGGGUGAUUAUCUAGAUAAAGGAGUAUCACGAUAAUGAAUAACUAAGUACAUGCGUGCGUGCUGAAAGUAAUAAAAUCAAUCAAUUUAUUUAAAAAAUAGUGUUAACACAUAUCAAUGUUAUGAGUUUCAAUUCGAUAUACCUGCUACAGCAAUAUUGCAGUUAUUAGACCCUAUCAUGUUGUAAUGUGAACAAUGAAGCAUAAUGCAUGCAAUUUUUAAACGCAGCCGACACAAUCGGUGUCACGGCACGUAGUCCUGCCAACUUUAACUCAGCCAUGUACAGCAAAACUAGUGUUCAUUAAUCGUUAAGCUUAGCCUGACAUAAAAUGUUACCAACAAUUAUAAACGUAUCUACCCAAUUAUGUACGAUUUCACGAGCAUGGCACGGGCCAAGGUGAUCGCUAACUCGGUUUAAACGGAGCUAAACAAGGGUUAUUUGGAAUUAUAUAAUAUGGUUUACCUCAUUCAGACUCCAGUAGUAUUACAAAUAUGUUUUGAUAAAUAUACUUAUUUUAAAGCUUAAUUAUUCAUUUUUACUUUACGUGGGCCUAACCAAAAGCAUCACAAGUGAAAUAAUAUCCAAUUUUCUGUAUUUAUUUUCACGUUGUUACAACUUUGAUCAUGUAUUGGUAAUAAUUUAAUAGAAGUAAAACUUCCAAUCAAGACACGAAUAAAGUUAGAUUUAUAUUAAGGUAUUAUUUUAUACACAAGAUAUUGUAAUACAACUGCAGUUAUGAGUUUUGUAGCAGACUGUGUUUCGCGUCCCGAUACAAUUCCGCGAACUUACUUUUGUCUAUAAUUUAAUCGACCCACUUUAUCAAUAACUGGUUCUCAUGAGGCUUGUCAGAUAAAAACUUGUUAAAUGAUUAUACACCACAAUACACCUACGAGUUUCUAACUAUUAAAAUGUACAGCAAAAAGUUACGAGCUAUUGAAGCUGACUAAUUGUUAUUUAUUUGUGAACAUUUCAGUAGGCACUUUGUAUUCUAUUUAUAAAACCAUAUACGCAAACUCUAAAAUAUUGGUAAAUACUUUCAAUCAGUUUGUACUCUACAUAAUUCCGAUUCAGCAUUGGGAUGUUUUAUCAAUACUUUUAAUUUGA